AUAAGAAUCCUAUCACCGUUUCUCCCCAUCUCUCUUAAUAAUAGAUGCACGCCGAUCUCAUCUCACCGAAUUGACUUUUGGCGUUCGUUACUUCUCAAGCCUCUAGUAAUCCCUUACCCGUCGCAGAGGGAAUUUCCUAUUAGGGCAUUACAAUGCCCGCUGACGCCGCUUGGUUAAAACUUGUCCAACCGUCUCUCCAACCGUCUCUACGACCGCUCCAUGACUCUCGCUUUCCCCUCUUCUCUCCGAAACAGCCCCACGUUCCCCCAUGCUCUCCGAAUCCUGUUGCGGACACUCGGACACGAACAGCCGCUCCCCGAGAAAGUAAGAAAGACUGAAAGAAAUAAGAAAAAAAUCAAGAUAAAAGAUCCAAAGUCACAUAACAAUAUCG